UUGAGAGCACUUAACACUUGCUUAUAUAAGACAGAAGAUCUGUGUUAUUGAUAACUUGAGGAAUCUGUGAUUCAUCUCUAACAGAGCCACGUGACACACUGUUAUAAAGGAACAAACAAAGAUGGCGUUUAUUAAAGAGGAGAGUGGAGACAUGAAGACUGAAGAAACAUUCAGAGUCAAACAUGAAGAUACUGAGGAACAAACAAAGAUGGCGUAUAUUAAAGAGGAGAAUGAAGAUAUGAAGAGUGAAGAAACAUUCAGAGUCAAACAUGAAGAUACUGAGGAACAAACAGACCUAAUGACACUGAAAGAGGAGAGUCAAGAAUACAGUAAAAAGGAAGAUCAUGUUCACCAUGAGAAAUAUGGUUUCAUGCCUGGAGAAAAAACAUUUAGUUGCUCAAAUACUGAAAAGACACAAAAAAGAGCUCAAAAUACAGCAAAUAGACGUUAUUUCACCUGCCAACAGUGUGGAAAAAGUUUCAACAGAAAAUGCCUUACACCGGCAAACUGUGUAGAAAGAGGAAAAACAUUUAGUUGCUCAAAUACUGAAAAGACACAAAAAAGAGCUCAAAAUACAGCAAACAGACGUUAUUUCACCUGCCAACAGUGUGGAAAAAGUUUCAACAGAAAAGGAAGCCUUGAAGUCCACAUGAGAAUUCACAGUGGAGAAAUGCCUUACACCGGCAAACUGUGUAGAAAGAGCUUCAUUCGAAAAGCAAACCUUAAAUACCCUGUGAGAGUUCACACUGGAGAGAAACCUUUUGUCUGCCAACAGUGUGGAACGAGUUUUACUGAAAUAGGGAACCUUAAUCUUCACAUGAGAAUUCACACUGGAGAGAAGCCUUUCACCUGCCAACAGUGUGGAAAGAGCUUCAUUCGAAAAUCUAAUCUUAAAAACCACAUCAGAAUUCACAGUGGAGAGAAACCUCACACAUGUUCUCAAUGUGGAAAAAGUUUUACACAUAAACAACACCUUGAUGGCCACAUGAGAAUUCAUACUGGAGAGAAACCUUUCAUCUGCCAACAGUGUGGAAAGAGGUUCGCUCAAAAAGGAAACCUUAAAGACCACAUGAGAACUCAUACUGGAGAGAAGCCUUACACCUGCAAACAGUGUGGAAAGAGCUUCAUUCGAAAAGCAAACCUUAAAAACCACUUGAGAAUUCAUACUGGAGAGAAGCCUUACACAUGCUCUCAAUGUGGAAAAAGUUUUACACAUAAACAAAACCUUGAUGGCCACAUGAAAAUUCAUACUGGAGAGAAACCUUUCACCUGCCAGUGUGGAAAGAGCUUCAUUAAAAAAGGAAACCUUCAGAAGCACAUGAAGGUUCACACUGGAGAGAAGCCGUUUACAUUGUGAUUAGAGUUUCGGAUGUAAAGUAGCACCAGUGUGAUUGCUCUUACUAGCAGCAAUAUCCUUGCCUGUGAAUCCCUUUUUUGUGCAAAGCAAUGAUGAUUGUGCGUGUUUCCUUGCAGGUAACCAUGGUUAACAAAAGUAGAACAAUGAUUUCAAGCACCACCUUCCUUUUAUAGCUUCCAGUUUGUUAUUUUAACUCGAUCAGCAUGACAAUAGCUGCGUGCCAAAGUGAAGGUUGCGCACUUCGAAAGCCACAUUUGAAGUGCGACUGCGUCACUAUGAAGGCUGUCCCAAUUCACGAUUCA